UGGCACCCGACAUGAGCGCCUUGAGACCCUGGAGCGGGGCUCUCUCCUCGCCGGGGAGAGGGUCUGGGUCGUGGCGGUGCUGGUGGUGGUGGUGGGUUGUGGCAGUCGGGGUAUCAGUGGGCUCGGGAGAUCCGUGGAUGUCCGCGGAGGCAUGCCCGCCGCCUUGCUCCUGCAGCAGCACCAGGAUCUCCUGCGUGGAACCGGAGAAGGGUAUAAAUGCUUUCCCGCUCCUGCAGAGCGAGGCGGAGAUGGAGAACAUCACGGACAUUUACAUCGCCAACCAGAGCAGCUUCUCCUCCAUCAACGACAAAGACCUGCAACACUACAAGAAUCUCAGGAACCUGACGGUGACCAACAGCAGGCUUACAUAUGUAUCAAAGCUGGCCUUUGAAAACAACAUCAAGUUACAGUACCUGAAUCUGAAAGAUAACAACCUGUCGUCACUAUCCUGGAGGAUAUUCAGACACCUCAACAUCUCUUAUCUGAUCCUGUCAGGGAACCCUCUGCACUGCUCCUGUGAGAACAUGUGGAUCAAGCUGUGGUUAGAAAAGGAAGCAGACACUCAGGAGCUGCACUGCAUUGAGGAUGGAGGAGGACGCAAGCAGCUGUCCAAGCUGGAACUACCUAACUGUGGCCUUCCAACGGCAAAUUUGAACCCAUCUAAAGUAACAUUAAUGGAGGGGGAAAACUUGGCGCUGUCCUGUACGAGCUCUGGGGUGCCCUCUCCUGAGCUGAUAUGGAAAAUGGCGUUGGUAACCGCCUAUGUGAUCGAGGCUUCAGCCCAGAGUUCGGUGCUGCGGCUGUCCAACCUCUCGUCGAUGGACCACAACAGCAAGAUCAGCUGCAUAGCCGAGAACAUUGUUGGAGAGAACGAGUCUGCGCUGCUGCUGGAUAUACUUUUUCCUCCCAAAAUCACCAAGCUGAGUGAUGCAAUCCCAGACCAUCACUGGUGCAUCCCCUUCAGCGUGUCAGGAAACCCAGAGCCAAACCUACAAUGGUAUCUGGAUGGUGAAGAGGUGAUGGAGGGGGUUUACAUCACAACCAUGAUCCAUGACAUCACAGAGAGAGAGUAUCACGGCUGUCUGCAGCUCGACAACCCCACGCACCUCAACAACGGGCGCUACACGCUGGUGGCUAUAAACCAGUUCGGAAGAGACCAGAAAGAGGUGGAGGCUCACUUCAUGCGCAAACCCUGGGAUGGCUCUGAGAAGGACCCUUUCUAUUAUGAUCUAACCACAGAGGGCCCCCCUGUAGACCCACCUGAAGACAGAGUCGCUGUGUACGUGGUGGUUGGCAUUGCUGCUGUCGCAUUCACGGGUUUCCUUCUAAUGCUGGUUAUUCUCAAGUUUGGAGGAAACUCCAAGUUUGGCAUCAAAGGUCCAUCUUCAGUGAUCAGUAACGAUGAUGACUCAGCCUCUCCUCUUCACCACGUCUCCAACGGCAGCAACACUCCUUCCUCCUCAGAGAUGGGCCCUGACGCAGUGAUCAUUGGUAUGACCAAGAUCCCAGUGAUAGAAAACCCGCAGUACUUCAGGAGCACAAACAGCCUGCUCAAAACUGACACGUUCGUCCAGCAUAUUAAGAGACACAACAUUGUACUGAAGAGAGAGCUGGGAGAGGGAGCUUUCGGAAAAGUCUUUCUGGCUGAGUGUUACAACCUCUCACCAGACCAGGAGAAGAUACUGGUGGCUGUCAAGACACUUAAAGAGGCCAGUGAAAAUGCCAGGAAGGAUUUCCACCGUGAGGCUGAGCUGCUGACCAACCUUCAGCAUGAACACAUUGUUACUUUCUAUGGAGUCUGUGUGGAGAGCGACCCUCUCAUCAUGGUGUUUGAGUACAUGAAACAUGGAGACCUCAACAAGUUCCUCAGGGCUCACGGUCCGGAUGCAGUUCUGAUGGCAGAGGGCCAGACCACCAGACCUGUGGAGCUGACCCAGUCUCAGAUGCUGCACAUUGCCCAGCAGAUAGCAUCUGGCAUGGUCUACCUGGCAUCACAGCACUUUGUGCACCGCGACCUGGCCACCAGGAACUGCCUGGUGGGUGAGAACCUGCUGGUAAAGAUUGGGGACUUUGGCAUGUCCAGAGACGUCUACAGCACUGACUACUACAGGGUCGGCGGUCACACAAUGCUGCCAAUCCGCUGGAUGCCCCCUGAAAGCAUCAUGUACAGAAAGUUCACCACAGAGAGUGAUGUUUGGAGUCUUGGAGUUGUUCUCUGGGAGAUCUUCACCUAUGGAAAACAGCCGUGGUACCAGCUCUCCAAUAAUGAGGUGAUAGAGUGUAUAACCCAGGGCAGGGUGCUGCAGCGCCCCAGGACCUGUCCUAAAGAGGUAUAUGACCUGAUGCUGGGCUGCUGGCAGAGAGAGCCGCACACGAGACUCAACAUCAAAGAAAUCCACGGUCUGCUCCUCAACCUGGCCAAGGCGUCGCCUGUAUACCUGGAUAUACUGGGCUGAACACAGGAGGAGGAAGGAGGAGAGUUUUGGAUGUGUGUGGAUCGUUACUGUAUCUAAGUGUGUAUGUGCAUUUGAGGUUGCAUGCGCGUGUGUGUGUGUGUGUGUGUGUGUGUGUGUGUGUGUGUGUGAGAGCCAGGGUGGUGACACCUGUGAAUGAAGUGUGCGAUGCUUGUGCAAGUGUGUGUGUGCGAGGUACCGCUGUACAGGAUGUGAAGCUAUUAUCAAACUCUUAAAGGCAAUCAAAAAAUUCCCCAAAACUCAUCCCCAAUCGCCUCUUCUCUCCCUGCCAAUUUCCUCUCCUUUGUGCAUCGCUACUCUUUCCCUCCUUCCUUCCCGAGGAGACAUUUACGAAGAGUGAUUUAACUUUGAGGGGGGGGCUUCUCACUUCUUUUCAAAUGCUUUAAACUGACUGGGGCUAAAUUGAUGAAACCUGAUCAACAGGACUUAUAAUACAUUUUGAACAGCCAGAAAAUUUCAAGGAGGAGCAGCGUGGGGAGGAUUUCCGGAAACUUCAAUCCUUUGUGUGUAAAUAGAAGACUGAAACGGUGAGAUGUUUCAGAGGAAAUGGCUCCGUGCAAUGUUGAGCCAUAGAGACACUGUGUUUUCCCCUCUCACCUUGUCUGUCCGUCUGUCGUUGUGUCUGUGUCUCAGAACUGUACAAGAGUUUUAAUGUCAGCGUUCAUCCAACAAGGUGAUGAUUAACACACCGGUACACAUACAGCAGACUGACUGAAUAAUUACCAGGAAAAGGAAGUAAACAUCUGGUUUUCUGUCUGUCAGAUGACAAAUGAUGAUUUCUGGUUGGCUAAUUUCACUAAUUAAAAAAAAUCACUAACAAUACAGUGCCUGUUGAAGCUGAAUUGAACUGCUGUGGUGAAAAAAGG